UCCGCCCACCACACUUCCGCGAGGCCUGGUCGCGGCUAGUCCCACGGCGGGAGCGACUUAACAACAACAACAACGGCAACAACAUCAACAACAACAACGUCGCAUUCGUUCACACCGCAAGGGCGAUGGGGGACGAGGCUCUGUUCGAGUUCCUUCACAUGGAGGUCGUCUCCUACGUGUGUCACUCAGUGGCGCAAGACGACGCGGAGAAUGGGAAAGUCACGGCCAAGUUGGAGAACUUGGGAUACAGAGGGGGACAAGGUCUGGUGGAGAGGUUUACCCGCGACAGCCCCCGCUUCAAGGAUGAGCUCGACGUGAUGAAGUUCAUCUGCAAGGACUUCUGGACGAGCGUCUUCAAGAAGCAGAUCGACAACCUGCGGACCAACCACCAGGGCGUCUACGUGCUACAAGACAACCGGUUUCGUAUGCUGACUCAGAUUUCCUGCGGGAAACAGUAUCUGGAGCACGCCCCUAAGUUCCUGGCCUUCACGUGCGGCAUGGUGAGAGGAGGCCUCUCCAACCUGGGCAUCAACAGCGUCGUGACGGCAGAGGUGUCGGUCAUGCCCGCCUGUAAAUUUCAGGUGAUGAUACAGAGGUCCUGAGCGUCUGUGGAUGAACAUCUCCACCAGGGGAGGGAGACCCGGCGGUGCAGAGGUCAACAGGCUGAGCCGGCAACCUCCAGAGAACGCGAAUUCGAAUCUGGGGGAAGCUGUCUACGAUUAAAGCCGGGUUCUCAAGCGCAGGGAGGUUGAUGGUCUCUCAGUCCGAUCGCCAAUGACUCACGAAGAGACCCGUAGACUCACAUAGAGACCCGUAGACUCAGGCAGAGAUCCGACGACUCGCAUAGAGACACAUCGACUCACACAGAGACAUAGAAUCACACAGACACAUUGAAUCACUGAGUGUCCUAAAGACUCACGCAGAGACCCGUAGACUCACAUAGAGACCCGUAGACUCACAUAGAGACCUGUAGAUUCAUGCAGAGAUCCGACGACUCGCAUAGAGACACAUCGACUCACACAGAGACAUAGAAUCACACAGACACAUUGAAUCACUCAGUGUCCUAAAGACUCACGCAGAGACCCGUAGACUCACAUAGAGACCCGUAGACUCAUGCAGAGAUCCGUAGACUCACACAGAGACCCAUAGACUCGCACAGAGACCCAUAGACUCGCACAGAGACCCAUAGACUCGCACAGAGACCCAUAGACUCGCACAGAGACCCAUAGACUCACACAGAGACCCAUAGACUCACACAGAGACCCAUAGACUCGCACAGAGACCCAUAGACUCGCACAGAGACCCAUAGACUCGCACAGAGACCCAUAGACUCACACAGAGACCCAUAGACUCACACAGAGACCCAUCGACUCACACAGAGACCCAUAGACUCACACAGAGACCCAUAGACUCACACAGAGACCCAUAGACUCGCACAGAGACCCAUAGACUCACACAGAGACACAUAGACUCACACAGAGACCCAUAGACUCACACAGAGACACAUAGACUCACACAGAGACCCAUAGACUCACACAGAGACCCAUAGACUCGCACAGAGACCCAUAGACUCGCACAGAGACCCAUAGACUCACACAGAGACACAUAGACUCACACAGAGACCCAUAGACUCACACAGAGACACAUAGACUCACACAGAGACACAUAGACUCACACAGAGACCCAUAGACUCACACAGAGACCCAUAGACUCGCACAGAGACCCAUAGACUCACACAGAGACCCAUAGACUCGCACAGAGACACAUAGACUCGCACAGAGACCCAUAGACUCACACAGAGACACAUAGACUCACACAGAGACCCAUAGACUCACACAGAGACACAUAGACUCACACAGAGACCCAUAGACUCACACAGAGACCCAUAGACUCACACAGAGACACAUAGACUCACACAGAGACCCAUAGACUCACACAGAGACCCAUAGACUCGCACAGAGACCCAUAGACUCGCACAGAGACCCAUAGACUCACACAGAGACACAUAGACUCACACAGAGACCCAUAGACUCACACAGAGACACAUAGACUCACACAGAGACCCAUAGACUCACACAGAGACCCAUAGACUCACACAGAGACACAUAGACUCACACAGAGACCCAUAGACUCGCACAGAGACCCAUAGACUCACACAGAGACCCAUAGACUCACACAGAGACACAUAGACUCACACAGAGACCCAUAGACUCACACAGAGACCCAUAGACUCGCACAGAGACCCAUAGACUCGCACAGAGACCCAUAGACUCACACAGAGACACACAGACUCACACAAAGACACAUAGACUCACACAGAGACACACAGACUCACACAAAGACACAUAGACUCACACAGAGACACACAGACUCACACAGAGACACACAGACUCACACAAAGACACAUAGAUUAACACAGUGACCCAUCGACUCACGUAGACUGAGCUGUGAUGAAAAUGUCGCGUGUUGAUGGUCACCAAUGGCUGCACGCAAAAUAAAUUCUGUAAAAUAUUAAAAUUUGGUUCCUCACUGAA